CGCCUUCUCUGGCCUGGUCCCCCUGCGAAGACCCCGAAGCCUUUUCUACGGGCUUCGAAGGAGGGAAGGGGCAGCAUUCUCUGCUGGGACAGGCAUCGCAGCAGAGGAGCCCACUGCAUUUUGGCAUUUUGCUGGGAACCAGCAACUGUUUCAGAACAAAAGCAGAAUCUUUCUCAUGAGACACCCCCAGGGUGAGUCAUGGUCCCUGCGCAAGGGAGAGGAAGCAACCGCCUUUAAAGGCAUCCAGGGUCUGUGGGUGAACACUGCCCAAGGAAGCAGCCGGAGAAAGAGGUUUGGGAAACUCCUGGGAGGCCCCGGUGCGUAUGAACCCAUCCAUCCUGCUGGAUGCUUUGUGAAUAACUACAAGGAAAAAUCCGCAUCGGGAGUGAGAAGCUGGAAAAUGAGGAUUUUCCUGGUUUGGACGCUUUUCCCAGGUGGCUGGGCGGUGACAGGCCCCACGCAGGUGACUGCCAAGCAGGGCGACUCGCUGACGGUGUCCUGCAGCUACAAGCCGGGCUACGAGCUCUACCCCAAGUACUGGUGCCGCCCUGGCUUCCUCUGGUUUUGCUUCACCUACAUCGUCCAAACCAAUGGCUCAGAGGUGACGGUGACACAGGGUGGGGUGUCCAUCAGGGACGACCACAGGGCACGCUCGUUCACGGUGACGCUGGGUGGUGUUACGCCGAGGGACGCAGGCUGGUACUCCUGCGGGGUGAAGGAGAGACUGUGGUUCAACCUGUGGCACAGCACCGAGGUGACGGUCUCUGCAGCUGAUUCAACCGUGACGAAACCCAGUGACGUGCACGCGUUGGCCACCAAACCCCUGUGCUCCGCGGACUGUGAGAAGCUGUCCCAGCUUAGUAUCACCCACCUGCUGCUCUUCCUCAGCGUGAAGGUGCCCAUGGUACUGGCCCUGGCAUGUGGGCUUGUGUGGGUGAAGAGCCGGUACAGGACCCGCGACGGGGAAAACCUACAGCCCUUCGAGGUUACCGGCAGCACCGGGGCACCGGGCUCCCCACCUACCCCAACCACCCCGGAGCCGCAGGGACACCCUCCUGUCCCCUUGCCCCCCACCCUGCCGGGGCUGUGCUACCCAUCACGGACGCCCCGCGCUGGGAACUGCUGGGCACCGGGUGCUUCUCCCUCUGUGAAGCCUCGGCCCCUACUGGAAGCCCCUGUGCUGGAGAGGGGAGGGUCUGGGGCACAGAGAGCUUGCGUCUGCUGA